GAUGACCAACUUCCUGUUAGCAACCAGGCCUUGUGUGACAACGGUUCCUAGGCAGAUUUUGUUGAUGUGUUAGCGGUACACGCAGUUACACAGCGUAUACAAGUAUUUAUCAUUUUAAUUUCGCUAAAGUAAAUUAAAAAAACGACAUUCUGUGACAGCGCUCAGAGAACUAAGUAAUACUUCGAUAAUUAGCUCGACAAUUAGCGAACGUUAGUUGAAAAAAGUCUAAACAUCGCAAUCAAGUGAGGCUGUUUUUAGUUUUGAAACCCACAAACCCUCCAAGAUGAGCGAACAGCUCAAAUUUAUCGUUGAACAGCUGAACAGGGAGCCUUUUAAGAAAAACUUCAAUCUCAUUACAUUCGACUCUCUGGAGCCAAUGCAGUUACUGCAGACUUUAAAUGAUGUUCUGGCUGAAAUUGAUCCAAAGCAAGCCAUUGAUAUACGUGAGGAAAUGCCUGAGCAGACUGCUAAGAGAAUGUUUACUCUUCUUGCGAUGCUGAAAUACAAACCUCCUGGAGGAAUGUCUGAAGCAAGCAGUUUUCGUCAGGGUUUGGUGGCAGGCAGUAAGCCUGUGGUGCACCCCAUCUUACACUGGCUGUUACAGAGGAUUCCAGAGCUGAAGAAGAGAGCGUACCUGGCCAGAUUCCUCGUCAAACUAGAGAUUCCUGCAGAGUUUAUCCAAGAUGAUAUCAUUGCUGAGACCUACCACCAGUAUGAGGAGCUGGUGGAGGGAUUCAAGAACAUUCACAAAGAGUGUGAACAGCUGAAGAGCUCAGGUUUCUCCACCGCUGAGAUUCGACGGGACAUUGUUGCAAUGGAAGAGGAGAAGGAUCAACUCAUAAAAAGGGUGGAGCGGCUUAAAAAGAGGGUGGAGGCAGUGUCAAACCAUCAACGCAUGCUGGAACUGGCCAGACAGCUAAGGGUGGAAAAAGAAAGAGAAGAAUCUCUUGCUCAUCAGAAACAGGAGCAGAAGAACCAGCUCUUCCAGGCAGAGCAGAGACUGCAGAGAUGUCAGAUCCAGCUCAAAGACUUGCAGCAGGCAGCCGCAGAUGAAAAGCCAGAGAGCCUUAUGAAGAGACUUGAGGAGGACAUCAAGUUCAACUCCUACAUGGUGUCUGAGAAGCUGCCCAGAGAGCUGGAGAACAUGAGAAAGGUGGUGCAGUACUUACAGAAGGUGGCGUCUGAGCCUGCUAUGGGCCAAGCAGAACUGAGGGAGCUGGAGGACAAGAUCAGAGAAACCAACACAGAGAUCAACCAUCUGAUUGAGAAGAGGAUGAUGCGUAACGACCCAAUGGAUGAUAAACUCUCUUUGUUCAGACAGCAGGCUGCUAUUAUAGUACGUAAGAAGGAAACCAAGGUGGAGGAGUUGCAGGAGGCCCGUGAGGAGUUGGCGGCUGUGGAGAGAGAACUGAACAUGAAGAGUAGUCAGGCACGAGAGCGGGGUGGAGCGGAGCUGAUCCGUGGAGAUGAGUUUAAGCGAUAUGUGGCCAAGAUGCGUGGCAAGAGCAGCACUUAUAAGAAGAAACGUCAGGAGAUCGCUGAGCUGAAGGUGGAGUAUGGUGUUCUACAAAGGACUGAAGAGAUCUUGAGAGAACGACUCACAGCUGGACAACAGCAGCUGCAAUCUCUGGAGGCUCAGCGGGGGAUCUCAGGCUUCAGCGAUACUCAGGAAGAGCUGGAGAGAGUUUCUGCUAUCAAGAGCGAGCUGGACGAGAUGAAGGGACGAACGCUAGACGACAUGUCUGAAAUGGUAAAGAAGCUGAAUUCAGUGAUAGCAGAGAAGAAAUCUGCUCUAUCUCCUCUGAUAAAGGACCUGAGAGCUCUGAGACAGGAACACGCAGAGCUCGCUCCAGAGUAUGAGCAAAAGAAGACUCAGUAUGACACCUGUUCUGCAGGACUGGAGAGCAACAGGUCCAAGCUGGAACAGGAAGUGAGGAUGCUCAGGGAAGAGACUGCACAGGAAGAAAGCCGAUAUUAUCACAUUAACUGCAUGAGAGAGAUUAUUGAGAGUCAAAUGCAGAGAGCGGCAGAUCAGAGUAAGAUCAAUCAGUCAAUGGACUUACAGGUGCGGAGGACGGCUCUCAGAGAGAAGUACAUCGCGAACACGGCAGAGCAGGAGUCCUUGGGCAAGGUUCUACGUCAGCAGGUGAAGCAGGUGCGAGAGAACCAGGAGCCCAAUAUGAGACAGAUGAAGAUGUGGAAGGACCUGGAGACGCUUUUGGAGUGCAAGAAGCAGUGCUACCUCAAGGCUCAGAGCCAAGCACCUAUUGGGCACGUCAUCCAGGAUGUUGGCAAGGAUAUGCUGGUUCUGUGAUGCCAUUUCCCUCAUAAAAGUUGUUUUUCUGGUCAUUAAUAUAUGAGUUAUAUAAAUAACUAUACAUUAUUGUAUAUGUACAAUUGUAUGUGGAUUAAUUCGUAUGUCAAAGGAAUAGGUAAAGGAAUAGUUCACCCAAAAACUAAUUACUUAAUCACCAAUGAUCCUCUGCAGUAAAUGGGUGCCGUCAGAAUGAGAAUCCAAUCAGCUGAUAAAUACAUCACAAUAAUCCACAACACACAACUGGCCAAAAUACAAGUCCAUAAUAACACUUCUUUCAGUGAAAAAGUCCACCACCUGUUGUCCUCUCACAUCAAAAUACAUCAAUAUAUAUGUUUAAAAUGCUUUUGGACUGUUUUUAGAUUAUAAACAGUGCUUGAUCUUUGCAUACUUCACUCCUGAUUAAAACAAGAUGAGUUUUUUCACUGGAGAAAGUAAGAUUAUCAAUAGAGGAUAUUUCAGAUAGAAUAUUUCAGUCAGAAACAAUGGUUUGAAUUUAAAAUGUCUUAAUGUUGAUUUUGUUUCUAACAAACAAGCGUCUUUUCACAAGAUGUUAAUUAAUGCAAUUGAGUCGUGUGGAUUAAUGUGAUGGUUUUAUCAGCUUUUUGGACUCUCACUCUGACGGCACCCAUUCACUGCAGAUCCAUUGGUGAGCAAGAUAAAUUUCUCAGAAUCUGUCUACAUCUUGGAUGGUCUAAAGGUGAGUACAUUUCAAGUAAAUUUUCAUUUGUGGGUGAACUGUUCCUUUAAAACUGUACUCAUAUCCUAAGGGUCAUCUGGGUAAGAGGGUUCAAAACUCUCUGACACACUAACAUCCAACAAGUCCCUAGUCUCGGGUUUGACACAUCUUUAAGAACAGAGCUCCAGUCUGUGUCCAAAGAUAAUGCCCAACAAAGUGCUACACUUUGGAUGCUUCUGUGCUCCAGGUUAUUUUGGGAAACAACAGCCAUGACCUUGGGUAGAAGAGCUGUCCAAUUUAGGAAUUCAGUUGGAUCUCCUUUUGUUGCUCUGUCAGGGUAGUGCUACAGUAGUAAACAGACUGACUUGUCCAAUCAUCAUGUGUGAGUAGCUUAUUUAUUAAAUGUUCAUUUUCUUCUUCUUUCUUUUUGCACUGUAUGGACAAGUGAGAAGACAGCUAAGCUACUUCACCUCUGUAUUUUUUUGAAAAGUUAUACAAAAUGUAUCAAAGUCACAAACAUUGUAAAUUAAAGAUUUAUA